AUGGGCGUACGCAAGCAAGAAUGUGAACAAAUUGUACCGGACGAUUUUGUGAGCUUGAACUGGAGUGAGGGAACAUGGACGCAAAGCAAAGCCUUGCUGCAGUUCAAGCAAAAUUUUGUCAUCGAUGAGUCUGCUUCUGUUGGCCCUUCUGCUCAUCCAAAGCUUGAAUCAUGGAAGUUACUUGAUGGAAAGAGCAACGGUUGCUGCUCAUGGGACGGUGUCGAGUGUGACCACAACACUGGUCAUGUGAUCGGCCUCGAUCUCAGUAGUAGCUUUCUCCGUGGUUCUAUCAACUCCAACAGCAGUCUAUUCACCCUCGUCCACCUUCAUAGCCUAAACCUUGCCGAUAAUGAGUUUAAUUUCUCCGAAAUACCAUCCAGAAUUGGACAUCUUUCGAGGCUGACGAGUCUCAAUCUAUCCAAAUCUGGAUUUUUCGGUCAGAUUCCUUCAGAAAUCUCAUAUCUUUCCAAAUUGGUUAUCCUCGAUCUGACUUCGGAAAUUGAUUUGUAUUCUGAAAGUCUUUUGAAACUUGACAAACCCAAUCUAAGAGACCUAGUUCAAAACCUAACCAACCUGAAAGAACUUAACCUUUCUAUGGUGAACAUAUCUUCUCCAGUGCCAAGUGUUUUGUCAAAUAUAUCCUCUCUAACAACUCUUAGGCUAAAAAGUUGUUCGUUGUAUGGUGAAUUUCCAAUGGACAUCUUUUUUCUACCAAAAUUGCAGAUUCUUGAUGUAGCUUGGAACAGAAAUCUCACCGGCUCUCUACCUGAAUUUCAAAGCAAUUUUCGCCUUACAGAAAUGAUAUUCUCGAGCACGGGCCUCCAUGGUAAGCUCCCAGAUUCAAUUGGUAGACUUGAAUCCUUACUUUAUUUGGGUUUGAGCCCAACUAGUUUAUCUGGUACGCUUCCAUCUUCACUUGGCAAUCUAACCCGGCUCACUUUCCUGUCCCUUCAAUUGUGCAAGUUUAGUGGUCGGAUUCCUUUGUCCUUGGGAAACCUAUCACAACUAACUGAAUUUUCAAUUGGCCUUAACAACUUUGACGCAACACCACUUCCUUUACCGCCAGGGAAGCUACUCAAACUCAGUCACUUGUAUGCCUUCGAAAUGAAUUUAGUUGGUGAGGUCCCCUUGUCGCUUGCGAACCUGACCCAACUUUCCUCUUUAGUCAUUGGCCUAAAUAACCUGGUAGGUAAAAUCCCAUCUUGGUUCAUGAACCUCACCCAAUUAACAUUUGUAGAUCUUUCACAAAAUCACUUCCAUGGCACGAUUCCUAGCUCAAUCACUCAACUCAAGCUUCUUAAUGUUUUGAGUCUUCAUUAUAAUAGCUUCACUGGUAUUGUCGAGCUAGACAUGUUUAUGAAACUCCCAAACCUGGUCUCAUUGCAAAUAGGGGGAAACAAACUAACAGUGCUCAGCAAAAAUAGCACGAAUGGUACCCUUCCAAUGCUUGAAUCCCUAAAAUUGGAGUCAUGCAACAUAGUCGAGUUCCCUAGCAUUCUAAGAUUUCAAGAUGAAUUGCAGUUGUUUACAAUUAACAAUAACAAAAUUCGAGGCGAAAUACCGACAUGGUUGUGGAACUCAAGUAAAGAAGCAAUGGAAUAUGUUGACUUUGGCCAGAACUUUCUGACAGGCUUCGAGCAGCAGCCAACUGUCAUCCCAUGGCAUUCUCUAAUAGUUUUCAACCUCGACUAUAACGAGCUUCAAGGAUCGCUUCCCGUUCCACCGCCCUGCACUGCUAUUUAUAAUGUCCACAAUAAUGCAUUGACGGGAGCAAUUCCACAGUUAAUGUGCCACAAGAAUUCUCUUCGUAUGCUUGAUUUGUCCAACAACAAUUUAAAUGGCACAAUACCUCCAUGUUUGGCCAGUUCAAGCGAGGAUCUUUUAAUGUUUAAUCUCAGUGGCAAUAGUUUCCACGGAACUAUUCCUUCAACAUUCACAAUGAAUUGCCAACUGUUGAUGAUUGAUUUAGGCCGAAAUCAGCUACAGGGGCUGGUCCCUAGAUCAUUGGCAAAUUGCGCAAUGCUGGAGUGUCUCAUUCUUCAAAAUAAUAAGAUUGAGGAUACAUUCCCCUCUUGGUUGGGAGCUCUUCCUAAGUUAGAGCUUCUUAUUUUGGGAUCAAACAAAUUCCAUGGCGACAUAGGGGGUCUCAGACACAAUUCAAUGUUUCCAAAGUUGAGGAUUAUUGACCUCUCUUGCAAUGGCUUUUCAGGCAAUUUGCCGACAAAAUACAUUCAUAACUGGAAUGGAAUGAAAAUGAUCAACAAAAAGAAUUUUACAUAUAUGCAUGCAAAUCCAGAUAUUCAAGUCAAGUUUUUUCCCAUUCCAACAUCUCCUGUGACAACCGUUAUUGCGUUUGUUUAUGAAUACUCAAUGAGAGUGGUCAGCAAAGGGACAGAGAGGUUAUACGAAAAGAUUCAAAUUGCCUUGGUGGUUGUUGAUCUUUCAAACAACACAUUCAUUGGCGAUAUCCCAGAAUCCUUUGGAAGUCUCAGUGAGCUUCAAUUGCUAAACAUUUCCAACAACAAACUUACUGAUGCCAUCCCACCAUCGUUGGCAAAGUUGACAGAAUUGGAGUCGUUGGACCUAUCCCAAAACUUACUCUCAGGACAGAUCCCCGGGCAACUAACUCAACUAACUUUCCUGUCAAUCUUUAAUGUUUCUCAUAAUUGAUUCACUGGCCCUAUACCUCGAGGGAAACAAUUUGAUACAUUCGAAAAUUGUUCGUAUGAUGGGAAUUCGGGAUUGUGUGGUAUCCCAUUGUCAAAGUCAUGCAGAAAUUCAAUGACCUCACCACCACCUCCGCCUAUAUUUCGAGCUCACGAUCUUGAGUUUUCAAGAGGUAUUUAUUGGAUGGUCAUAGCCUUGGGAUAUGGAAGUGGGCUAGUAGUUGGGUUGGUUAUUGGCACAACUCUGACGAGGAGGUAUCACGAAUGGUUUGUCGACACCUUUGGGAGGGGGAAGAAACUUCAGAAGAAGCCGAAAAGGAAGGGCCGAAGAACCUAAUUGUUGGCAAUGAAAAUGUGGGUUCUUUCUUCAGUACCACUUUUGUGCUUGUGCUCCCAUCUUGGCCAGAGGUUAUGUUAAAUAAAAGGGUCAGGUGUCAAGGAUAUGUAGGUUCUAGCGGUGGAAUACUAGCAGUGUUGUCAGGUUUCUAGCUAGAGUGCACAAGAGAUUUCUUCCUAGAUCGAGGUUAUG